AUGUCCACCAACGACCGCCCCAUGGCCUUCCGCUCCCAAUCCUCCACCAAACCCACCAACAGCAACGGAACGACCUACCCCACCACCUCCCCCUCGCCCACCCAAUCCUCCUUCGCUGUCAAAGCCGGCCUCGCCCAAAUGCUCAAAGGCGGCGUCAUCAUGGACGUCGUCAACGCCGAACAAGCCAAAAUCGCCGAGGAAGCCGGCGCCUGCGCCGUCAUGGCCCUCGAGCGCGUGCCGGCCGACAUUCGCGCGCAGGGCGGGGUGGCGCGCAUGUCGGAUCCGGCGAUGAUUCAGGAGAUUAUGCGGGCGGUGACAAUUCCCGUCAUGGCGAAGGCGCGGAUCGGGCAUUUAGUCGAGUGUCAGAUUCUGCAGGCGAUUGGGGUGGAUUAUAUUGAUGAGAGUGAGGUGCUGACGCCCGCGGAUCCGACGCAUCAUGUGGAGAAGAAUGGUUUCAGCACGCCGUUUGUUUGUGGGUGCAGGAAUUUGGGUGAAGCGCUGAGGAGAGUCAGCGAGGGCGCGGCGAUGAUACGCACGAAGGGCGAGGCGGGCACGGGAGAUGUUGUGGAGGCUGUCAGGCACAUGCAGACUGUGAACAAGGAGAUAGCGCGAGCGAGCGCUGCUUCAGACCCAGAGCUGCGGCAGAUGAGCCGUGAGUUGGAGUGCGACUACGCUUUGCUCAAGCAAUGUGCGCAGCUGAAGCGGCUACCGGUGGUGAACUUUGCAGCAGGAGGAAUUGCUACCCCGGCCGAUGCAGCGUUGAUGAUGCAGAUGGGCUGUGACGGCGUGUUCGUGGGCAGCGGGAUCUUCAAGUCUGGAGAUGCGGCGAAGAGGGCCAAGGCGAUUGUGCAGGCGACGACGCAUUUCAAUGACCCAAAGGUGUUGGCCGAGGUGUCCAUUGGGUUGGGUGAGGCGAUGGUGGGCAUCAAUGUUGGAGCCAUGGGCGAGUCUGAUAAGUUGGCGAAGAGAGGAUGGUAG